AUGUCUCGCAUCCCAACCUCCACCUCGGUCCUCGAAUCCGCCGUCAUCGACGCCCCCUUCAGCGACGUCUGGCACCUAAUCAAGCUGCAAGAUUUCUCCAAGUUCUACUCUGCCCUCACUUCCAGCGAGUGGGUGAAGGGCACAUCCCCCGACACCGACAUCGUCAAGUGGACCUUCAAAGAUGGCACCGUCCUCGAGGUCAAGCAGGAGGAACACUCGAGCAUCGACCACUACAUCACCUACAGCGUCAUCUCGUCGCAGCCCGCGCUGAGCUACACCUCUGUCGUCAGCACUGUGCGCGCCUACCCCGUCACUUCUGGAAAGCAUGAGGGCGCUACUUUUGUCACUUGGAGCGGAAACUUUUCGAGCGAUGCUGAUGCGGGUGUCAUUGAGGAUGCCAAGUUCAAGCGUCGUGAGGCUUUGGCUGAUCUCGCCAAGGCUGUUGCUAAGAAGUAA